ACGGCGAUUUUCUAGAUUGUUGGAAAUUCGAUUUUCUAUAAACUGGAAAAUCCCCACGGAAUUCCCAUAUGUACUCUUUGAAAUUCGCCGAGCAUUUUCCAUAAAUAAUUUCCAACCUUACAGUGUAAAUAAAUUUACAAUGUGUUUUAAAAUUGUUUCUGUUAGCAUUAUAUUUAUCAGACAAUGAGACAUUUAUCGUAUCUUCUAGACAUUUAGCAUUCUGAUUCUAGUCUGAAACCUAUUAUAUAUAGCGCUGCUGGCUGUUUAACAAAUCGAUUUAUGUCUUCUGAUGUCGGGUAGUGGUUCACUCUUACGAUGCUUUAUUAUUUAUUCAACUUUUCUUAGGUUAAUUGACAUGCCAGAGAACAAGGGACAAAUAGUCUGAGUAGAAUAAGUUCAAUAGCUCAAAGUCCAGCAGUCUUAUUCAGAAUUCUAAUGGAUAACGAUCUGAUCACUUUUUCUAGUGGUAAAGUAGUGGUAGAAAAAAUCUAGACCAUUUCGCAGACAAUUUCAAGCUUUAUCUUCUGUGCGUGUUGGACGAGAAAAGCUUUUAUUCUUAAUUAGUUAAUUAAAAAUUUUAAAAAGAAUCAGUUAACCUUCUAUAACGUGAAUUUUCACAAACUUUCAUAUUUUCCAAUUUUCUGGAAAACUAUCAAACUUCUAUAAUUCGUUCAUGACUCAUUUGAAAGAGAAAUGUUUACUCUAUAAGAUCAUAUAUUUCGACAUAAUAAUAUGUUUAACUAUCUAGGACUAAAUAAUAGAAAACUAAGAUAUUCCAUUUUUAUAAUUUGCAUUUUUCUCAAUACUUUUUAAAUAUAAGCCAUGCAUAUGGCGGUCCCAAAAUAAAUCUUACUUCAUUUUGUAGAGCAGGUAAUAUCGAUUUAUAUGUAAUAGAACAUUUUAAAACACUAGGAUGAUGUACUGUAAAUCAAAUAUUGGAGACAGGCAUAGGUUUCAUCGUUUUCUUACUUUUCUAAAUUUUGAUACAAAUCUCAAAGAUCUGGACAUACAAACUAUGUUUGAGUCAUUAGAGAUGUAGAGCAAACAUUUUUCUACAAAAUGAGGCGUCGACGAGAUCUGUGCGAUGUGUUUUUAUGAUUUUACACGCAUUUUACGACAAGCACUAUAUUUGAGACCCGUCUCCUACUGGUUUUCUCCUCGAUUUUGAUACGUUGACUAAAUGCAAUAAUUCACAUAUGGUUGAAUAGAGCAUUGAAAGUUACAUCUGGUGGCAUGCUUUUUUUAUCUUCAUCAGCUCAUAUUAGUGAAGAAAAAAAAUAUUUAAUUUUGUGAAAAUGGCUGGAAAAUGGGUAUUAUAUAUGGGAAAAGGCAUUUUUCUCCUACUUUUUACAAGUGAACCUUUUUUUAAGUUUGCGUUUAAAAACUGUACAUGACUCAAUGCUAGCUACUCAUGUCAAAACUUGAUAUAAAGUCUUUUCUCCUAACCGUUUAAAAUAGAUCUUUUCAGAAACAAAGUUAGACAAGCUCGUGAAAGGUACCCUGAGUGGAUUUAUAUAUAAUUUUUAGACGGUUAGGAGAAAAGAAUUUAAAUCAAGUUUUUGACAUGAGUAGCUAGUAUUGAGUCAUGUGCAGUUUUUAAAGGCAAAACUAAAAAGGUUCAUUAGUGAAAAGUAGGAGAGAAAUGUCUUUUUGCCUUUGAAUUUACUAUAAACAUAGAAAAUUAAAAAAGUAGGAGAAAAUCCAGAAAGAAGGAUAUAGUAGGACGAUUUUAUAGAAAAAUAGGACGUUUACUAAGCGUGAUACUGUAGCUACAAAACUUUGAGGAUAAGCAGUAGUGUUCAAUAUAUAAAUAUAUUGUAUAUUGUAUUCAAUAUAUAAAUAAUAUGUAUAAUAUAAACGGGGCAAUUUCAUGGAGCUUCGACCACCAUUAUAACAACUUUCUUCGUAAAACAUUUAUGGAUUUGGAAAAAACUCAGUUCUCUCCCUGCUUGCAUUUUCAAGUUUUCGUAUACACAAGUAUAAGUUUGAUCGUAUCGGAUAGUAAAGCAUGUUGUAAAAGUAUGAGCUCCUGGCUGUUGGGAUUGUGGAAAAAAUUGUGUAAUACGGCGCAGGGAGAUUUCAGUGCCCUUUUCAGUGAUAAAGUAAGCUAAACUUCGUCUCUGUAAUUCCAAGACUUGAUCGAAAUAUAAUAUAAGAACGGUUAAGACACAUAUCUAUUCGGAUCUUUUCGGAAUCUAGUUUUUAUCGGAACCUAGUUUUGUAUAGGGAAGAGAGGUGAGAGACAAAUGGAAUAUUAUUGUAUUAUCAGCCUAACGAUCGAUUGAUGGAAAAUUAUUUUACAUGUAUUAUACCCAUCAUAGAUCGCCUUUGUACGACCAAGAUUCGUUUGGUUAAAACAAAUAUCUGGCGUCGAUCUUGAAACAGAGACGGGACGAAGAAAUGAUCUAGAUUAUUUUUUUGAGAAGAGGAAUAAAUAAUGCAAGAAUAAAAAUAAAACAAGAUACGAGACCGAGCGUACUUACAAAGAGAAAGAGAGAUCAGGUUAGUCGGUGGAAGCUAUUUUCUUGAAAUAUAGAUAUCAGAAAAAAGAAUAUAGACCCCGGGAUGUAUAUAUAUAUUUAUAUAUAAAUAGCAUUAUACCAUUCCCAGUAUGGUACUUUUCGAGUUCAGAUCAUAUAGAUCAGAAUAGAAAAGUGACUCAUCCACAAUACCUUCGAUAUCUGAACAGAACAGUAUCGAGAUCACCUGACGAGACCGUUCGAAACGCGUCAUCGCAUGAAGUUCCAUUGUGAUAUUUUAUUCUCCCACGAGAUUUCAGCGCCCUUUUCAGUGAUAAAGUAAAUUAAGCAUCAUCUGUGUAACUUCAAGACUAUUUUCUUAUAAAUUAGCGCUUAUCUUAAAAACAAACGAUCAUUACAUGUUACAUAAAAGCUAACAUCAAGUGUUUUGGGUGAUGAUAUCGUUUACUCUUCGUGGCCUUGGUUGCUCUUGUCGACGGGCAUAUAUUUGUAAAUCUGGUGUGGAUAAAAAGUCAUUUCGUGUUAUCAGCUUGCCAAUGAGUAAUAAUGUUAUGAGAAAGGCUACAACAGCAAUAGCCACAUAGGAUAUGUAAGGAAUAAUAGGAAAUGCUUGUGGAUUUGACAUUUUUUGAAUGCUAAUCAGCUAAUGACUUGCAACAUCUUAAUGCAACUUUUCGUAUACUAGCCCCACUCUAAAAGUCAAGAAAAGUAUAUAGAUUUAUAGAGUUUUUGAAGACUUAUCGAAUGGUAUAUGAAUGAGCUCUUCUGUGUAGCUGAAUGAUCUGAAUCAAAUCAAAAUAAAGGGAUGGACACAAUAGAGGACCCGGAUCUUAUAUCGCGUCCUAAUGCUCAUAACUCUGAAGGAGGUCUUCUAAACCGUCCCUAAAAAAAGCCGAUUUUAAGCUGAAAUCGCUUGAUCGAGAGUUCGCACUAUGUACAAAGCUGUGUACGCACACACUUCUUUUUGUCUAGCAGCUGUAUAUUCACUCUAACCCAGGUCGUCCAUCCCGGCGUCAGGAUCCUGCCGGAUCCAACAUCGGAACAUGCCGGAAGUUGGUGGAAUUCGACAAAAAAAAACAUCCGACAAACAAAAUCAUCCCCGCUGCAGUUUUUACAUCCGCCUAAAGCUGACCUCCUAUUUACGGCCCUGGUCACAGAGGUGUCAAAUGUUAGUGCACAUUCAGAUAUGACCGCUAUGAGAAGCUCAACUCGUCGUUCUAAAGCUGUGAAAUUUGUUGAUCUUGAACCGAAUGACCGUGAGGCGGAAGUAGACCAAACAGAUCAACCAUCUAGAGACGGAACGCCACCAUUGAUUACAACUGAACGUUAUGCAAAUGGAAAUCCUAAUGAUACAAAACUGAGCCUUCCAACAACAACUAUCAUCUCGAACGAAAGAAAAAAUAAGCGAAAAGGAGAUAUUGAUGAAGAAUGGGAGCCUCCUACGAAGACAAUUACUGGAAAACAGGGGACAAUCGAAGCAGUGAUGGACGAAGAACAAGAUGAGAUGGAAGAAUUGGAAGAUGAAGCCGUUGCAUCCACGUCAACAUCGACGCCGUCCAAGCCAAAAAAAAGUAGAGCAUUUAAAAGGCAAUCAAAAUUUUCCAUAUACGAUUUCAGUGUAUAUUUUUCAAUAAUCUUUUUUUAUUCAAGUGACCUCACACCUGAUGGAACUAAACAUGCUGUGAAAUCACAUUUAGCGAAAGCAAAAAAUGUUGGUUCAAGUACGAAACAAGAAACCAAACAUAUGUGCUCGUAUUGUAAUUAUUGUACAACUAAGAAAUAUCUACUACAACGACAUUUAAAAUCACAUUCGACAGAACGUCCGCAUAAAUGUACAUAUUGCGAACGAUCAUUUAAAACAACUCUACAGCUGCAAAAUCAUGUCAAUACCCACCUUGGUGUAAAACCGUUUAAGUGUAAAUUUUGCCCUUAUGCAUUUACAACAUCAGGCGAAUUGAUUAGACACGUUCGUUAUAAACAUACACUCGAAAAACCCCACAAAUGCGACACUUGUGAGUAUGCAACUGUCGAAUUGAGCAAAUUACGUCGUCAUAUUAGAACCCAUACUGGAGAGAAACCGUAUUGUUGUGAACAUUGUGAUUAUAGAAGUCCAGAUACAUUUAAACUCAAACGAGAACGUCCUUAUCAAUGUACAAUAUGUAAUUUUCGUUUUACUCAAAGUAAUUCAUUGAAAGCACAUAUGUUAACUCAUGAAGAAAAUAAACAAACGUUUUCAUGUACGCAUUGUCCGUCUGUUAUGGCACGGAAAUCCGAUUUAAGAUACCAUAUUGAAAAACAACAUACCCUGUCGACGGAACCAUUAGCAUGUGACAAAUGUGAACAAGAUUUUCCAGACAAAUAUUCAUUGCGUAUGCAUGGUAAGACCCAUUAUAAAGCUGGAGGAAAUAAUUCAUCGUUGUUGUCAUGUACUAUGUGUGAUUAUACAACACAAACACUAUCGCAGUUGAAAGAACAUAGGAAUAAACAUAAAGAUAGCUGUCCAUUUCAGUGUUCCGAAUGUGGUUUAACAUAUCCAACUCGUGGUGAUUUACGUCAGCAUACAACAAAAUUUCAUCGUUUUCUUGCUUCUUCAGAUGUAACUGGAGGCAGUCUCUUAACUCGACAAUCUUAUCGUUGUAUGAUAUGUUCAAGAACAUUUGCUAAUUUGCAUGCAUUAGAACAACAUACCGUAAAUAUACAUCGGAUACAAGAUGGCGAUAAUGAAACAGUAGAAAUGAUGGAAAUGAGACAUAAUAUUCAUGAUAUUAAAGAACCGCUCGUUGUCAAAAUUGAACAUGAUGAUAAAUCUUUCUAUAAUCGAUCGAUUUUAUAUGAUCACUACGAUAAUGACUUAGUAGACGAUGAGGACAAUGAUAUAGCAACUGAGGUUCAAGUGUAUCAAAUUGACGAUGAUGAGAACAAAAAUACGAAACAAUGUGGUUUUAGACAAGAAAUGUUUGAAACUGAUCAGAGUAUUGAAGAAGAUGGACCUGUAAUUGAAUAUCGAUCAUCUCAGAUUAGUUCGGGUAUUAAAAAGGUGCCAACAACAACAACAACAAUCAAAAAAUUUGAGGAUUUCAAUACAAUGAAUGACUUUUCUAUAGCAACAGAGCAAUUUAGUACUUCAAGAGAAACUCUAACAGAUACAAGCACAACAAUACAAAUACCCUUAACAAAAAAACGAAAACUAAUUAUUAAUAGAAAGUCAUCUAAAACUGUAGAUGAUGAUUUAAAAGAAACUGACGUUUUUGGUUUUAAUGAAUAA